AUGCCAACAACACGCGCGCAGGUGCGCAACCAUGUCUCCGGAGAAACGCCUCCGCCUAAUACACCCUCCCCCGCCUCGUCGGACGCAUCAGCGCUCGCGACAGGCCGCGCCCUCGUCCUACUCCAGCUUCUCUCGCGCGCGCUAACUUUCGUCUUGAACCAAGGGCUGGUGCGGCACGCGCCGCCGUCCGUCUUCGGCACCGCCGCGAUCCAGUUCGACCUGGUGGCGGCCACGAUCCUCUUCUUGAGCCGUGAGGGCGUGCGCACGGCCGUGCUGCGCACGCGCGCAUCCGUCUCCGUGUGGCCGCUGCGCCUCGGCGUCGCCGUCUCGGCCGCCACGCUGGCGCUGUACCUCGGCACCGCGCCGGCGUCGACGACGCGCCAGCCGUACUUCUACCCCAGCUUGGCGCUGUACGUGCUAGGCGCGCUGGCCGAGCUCGCCGUCGAGCCGCUGUAUGUGCGCGCGACGCGGGGGGAUAUAGCGACCCGCGUCGCGGCCGAGGGCGGGCAGGCGGGCGUGCGCACCGCGCUCUCGUUCGCGCUCCUCGUCGCCCUCCCCCGACUCGGGGAUGCCGAGGGGCGCACCGCCCUCCUCGGGUUGGCGCUCGGGUAUUUUGCCGGCUCGGCGUGGCUUGCAGCACGGUAUAUAUGGGCUUAUGGCGGCACGGGGGCGCUGCGCGGCCUCGUCGUGUCCGAAACGGAGGGGGACACCGAGACGCGCCGCCUCGCGAUCGCGGGCACGCGGCAGAGCGUCGUCAAACACCUCCUCACGGAAGCGGACCGUAUCGCGGUGGGAUACAUCUCCCCGCUGGGCGACCAGGGAGGGUACGCGGUCGCGAUCAACUACGGCUCGUUGGUCGCCCGCAUCCUCUUCCAGCCACUGGAAGAGACGCUGCGCCUACACUGGUCGCGCCGUCUCAGCUCGCGCGCAACCCUCCCGCUCUUGGCCUUCGCCGUGCGCCUCUCCACACACCUCCUCCUCCUCUUGCCCGUCUUCAUCCCGCCCCUCCUCCCGCCCCUCCUCCCUCUCCUCCUCCCGCGGAAAUACGCCGCUACAAACGCGGCCGCGACACUACAAGCCUACCUCACGUUCUACAUCCCGCUGCUGAGCCUCAACGGGAUCCUCGAGGCGUUCCACGCGGCGUCGGCGACGCCCGCGCAGGUCGCGCACCAAGCGUGGGCGAUGGGCGCGAGCAGCGCCGCGUUCGUCCUCGCGCUCUGGCGGAUAUCGGGGGUUGUGUCGCGCGAAGAGGCGCUGGUGUACGCGUCGUGUGUGGGCAUGGGUGUGCGGAUUGCGUAUGCUGCGUCGCAUGCGGUGCGGUAUGCGCGAGCCCGCGAACGCGAGAGCGAAGGCGAGGACGAGGGCCAGCGCCUCCGCCUCCGCCUCCGCAUCCUCCCCCACCCAGCCGUGUUCGCGGCGGUCGGCGCCGCGGGCGCGCUCAUGUGGUCCGCGGCGCGUCUGCACGGAGGGACAAAGGACACGCUCACGCUCCUCGCUGUCGGCGGGGCGUCGGGCAUCGGCGUCCUCGGGAUGAUGUGA